CAGAUGAAUGGCGCUUCUGGACACGCCUCACACCGUCAUUAGGUUUUUGCUGACUGUAGGCUACGAUGUGGGCAUGCAUCCUCACCAAGACGCUCUGCGGCCAUUGUUUUGCCAGGCGGCAUACAAUUACAGUUUACGCACGGUGUGUCUUGCCUCGGCUCGGCUGCCAGCGCUAAUAUCUCCACCACAUGCCCCGAGAGGCCGGCGCCCUUGUUGCCUCCAACAUCUAUGCACUCUCUGCUCGUCACAAAGAAAGGCACCCAAACACAAUCCUACAUUCAGCUGUCGCACCUCCGUCAAUAUGCCCUCGUGGUCUGCUCUGCUGGUUCGGCUCUACAUCAUCUGGAUCCGCCGCUCCAAGGCGCCUUACUCGAACGCCGACAAGACCCGCGCCCUCCUGGCGUCGCUGUAUCUGCAGCCCGAGCCGUAUGCCCCGCCAAGGUUGGCCAGCGAUGUCGUGGUCGAGCGUGUCGAUGUGUCCGAGUGGCCGCUAUACCGCGUCGCCCUCGCGCGUCCAUCCGCCGCAGACCUGAGCAAGACCACGUCUCCUGCCAAUCCACGGCCUGCAAUGCUCUACCUCCACGGCGGCGCCUGGAUCCGCGAGGCUGCCCCCGCUCAUUGGAAGUUCGUCGCGCAGGUCGCCCGCGAGACGGGGCUGGACGUGCUGGUUCCCGUGUACCCGCUGCUGCCACGGCCGACAGCGACAGCACGCCAGAUCGUGGACGGGCUGAUCAGGAUCGUGCGCCUCACCGAGCAACCCGUCGUGAGCAUCGCGGGCGACUCGGCUGGUGGCUGCCUUGCUUUGGGGCUUGCACAGGAGCUGCGAAAAGCGGCCCCGGAGCUCGCGGCGCGAGUGCGGUCCCUCGUCCUUAUGUCGCCUCUGCUGGACUGCGCCUUGUCACAUCCAGAGUGCCUGCGGCUCGACAAGCACGACCCGUGGCUAGGGAUCGAGGGCCUGCGGGUGCUGAUCCCGUACUGGACGGGCGGGCUGCCGACGACACACCCCCUGCCGAGCCCGCUGUUUGGCGAGAUUGAUCAGCUGCCUCCGGUGCUGCUGCUGUGUGGCACCGACGACAUCCUGUGUUCUGACGCGCGGCGGCUGAGUGCGCGGUUCCAGGGCCAAGACGGGAGCGAGGGUGUGCCGGGGAGCUUUGAGGGCAAGGACUUUACGUAUGUCGAGCAGCCCGGGAUGGUGCACGUGUAUCCGCUGCUGCCACACUGGGAGGGCUCGCAGGCGAGGGAGCUGAUCAUGGCGUUUGUGUUGAAGCAUCUUGACUAGGCUGGGGGAUGCCUGGGUGGGUGGUUGUGGGACAUGGAAGGCCUGCUGCUCAGGGCCAUUGACGACAUGUCUGGUGGUUUCUGCUGGUGAUGGUUUUUGAUGUUGCGUUUUGGAUGAGAUGAGGAUCUGGACUGGCAGGGCGCUUGGCUUGGCAGAUAGAUGAUGAGGGUGCGGUGCUGCUUACGCUUACAUAAGUCCAGGCACCUGUGCUUAUAGCACAAGCCAGAAUGGAUUGUUUGCUAGAUCCCCGCUCGAUG